GACAUCGACGUGACGCGCUGUCAGCUGACUGCAGUAAAUUCCUCGACCUUCGCUGCAAACACAACAUCAUCUGUUAAAACCAGCUAUUUUUUCCUCUUUACUGACAUAUUUUAACGAACCUAAUAAUGGCGAGUCAGUCCCAGGGAAUUCAACAGCUCUUGCAAGCAGAAAAACGUGCUGCGGAAAAGGUGGCCGAAGCUCGCAAACGCAAGAAUCGCCGUCUGAAGCAGGCGAAGGAAGAGGCUCAGGCUGAGAUUGAGCAGUAUCGCCUGCAGAGGGAGAAGGAGUUCAAGACCAAGGAGGCAGCGGCUCUUGGUUCCCAUGGUAACUCGGCUGUGGAGGUGGACAAAGAGACCGUGGAUAAGAUGGCUUGCAUCCAGAGUAGCUACCAGCAAAACAGGGAGGCUGUACUGGGCAACCUGCUGAAGAUGGUGUGUGAAAUCAAGCCAGAGAUCCAUGCCAACUACCGUUUCGCUGGAUAGACUCCCCCCCCCCUCCUCCUCCUCCUCCCCCCCCCCCCCCCCCCCCCCCCUCCCGCUACUUUCGUUUAUCAUUAAACCCUUAAACUAAGGAAAAACUGAACUGAGGCAGACACACCUUGCACCGGAUCACAAUGUCCAUACGCACCAUAGUAUGUUAUAUGAUAAUCUACCUUCACAUUCCUCCAUUUGAUCUUGUCUCUCUAGUAUUGAUAAAUCCACUUUCAUCAACACUAUUGUUAUAAUCUGUAUAUUAUAUGUUGAGAUAGUGACACCCACAGUUCAGUCAGACAGAUGUCAAGAAUAUGGUAUGAUUCAAGUAAAGAAUAUAGUAUGAUUGUUUCAGCUUGUUUCAACACAUUCAAUGGUGAUAGUUUAGUUUUGGAUACGGUGCAGUGUCUUUGUCUCUGUAGUUCAUUCUUAUUGGCUGGCAGAAUCAUUAAGACCAUUUUUGUGAAAGUUAAAGUGUGUGUUUGUGACUGUGCGUGUGGGUCUUGCUAUGCAAUGUGAUGUUUAUUUACAUCUGAUGCACAUGUCUUUGUUGUUAUAUUUGUGGAGACAGAAACACAGUAGUUCCCAUUUACCUGCUGUCCAUUUGUUUUCCCUCUCCAUCCUGUGGCUGUAUGGUCUUGUAUGAAUAGGGAACAUUCACAAAUUGAAACAAGAUACUGGAAUUAAAUGUUUUGGUGGAAAGCAA